AGAAAAGCCGACGGAACCGACGCGCCGUGCUUCGGGAAAUCUUAAGCCGAAAUAAUGUUCGUCUAUUCUUAGUAAACGCUCAAUAAGAUCGCUUCGUCGUUUUUUCUCGCUGAGACGUGCUUUGGCUAUAAUUCCUCGCUUAUUUUCCCUUUUUUUUCUAAUCCGCAAGCUGGGAGGCAGCCGUUCGUUUCGACGAUGUCUAAACUCGACGACGAUUUGUCAAACAGCGACAAACCGCUAAUCACUCAGAAUUUUAACCAGAAUAACAACGUCGUCAGCCUAGGAAAGGCGAGGGGCACGAUGAAAGAUGGUUCAAGUCGUUCGAGCACAACAGACGUUAGUUCGGAGAGGAAAAGGUACUGCCUAUGGAUGUUGAUAUUUUUGCUGGGUGUGAUGGGGCUGUGCAAUCUGUUCCUAAGCAUAACGAUAUUCGCUGUGCUACGGAUGAAUCAGAGGAUGGAGAGCAUGGAGGUGAUACCAGAAGAGAACCUGAUAACAUUUUUUGGGAAAACUGAUUUAGACCGACUCUGUAUAUGGCGCGGAAUUUGCCAGGGAUACGGCGACGAACCAAUGGCGAUAUCCGGGGACGACAGCGGCGUCCAAAUAAACGUGAGAAACCUCAGAGACCAAAACCAUUCGAGCGUCCAGGUGUACUGGAACGGGACGACGGUGUCGAGGGUAAAGGUACUCGAGGCGAAAGAUCCGCGAACGGGAACCACAUACUUCUCAACAAAUUCCCCAAACUUCGAGCUCCCUUCGGGGGUGGAGAAAAUCGGCGUGAAGAUAGCCGAGACCCACAGAGUUACAUCGCCGAUAAACUCGAGUUUGAAGUUCGAGGCCGACAGGCGGGUGACCGUCCACGGCACCGAGGGAGUUCGUAUGGAGGCAAAGGACAUCCUCUGGAAGGCUCGUACGGACCUCUUCCUCAAAAGCGACAACGGUAGCAUAACUCUGAGCGGUAAGGAGGGGAUUUUGAUCGACCUUAACGGCGUUCGUGUCGUUCCUCAGGACUCCAGAAGCCAGAACGGUCGAAACCAGUAUAAAGUCUGCGUUUGCAUGCCUCAGGGAAAAUUGUUCCGGGUUCAAGUGCCGCCUGGUAAUAAGCAGGUGAGCUGUGCCCACGUGAGUAUGACGCCAGAAAACAGUCCUUGCAAGUGAUCGAAGGAAGUUUGAGGUCUUGUUUUGUAAUAUUUUCGCACGACGAGCGAUCCGCAUCGUAUCUGGAAAGAUGAAAUAUCACUUAUUUUAUUUUAAAGUGUUUUUUAGACCAGUACAUUGAAUCUUAGGCGAGUCUCCAAUUCAGAGCAAUGGUGAUCGUUAACUUCCUCAGAAAUUUAGUCUAACGAUUUUCCAACAAAGUUGGUCAAACUGUUUUGUAGCUUGAGGCUGCACUUUUCAAUGGUUGAAUUUCACUCGCCGAUUCUUUUUGUGUAUAUAGAAUAAAAUAGAGGUUUAGUUAGUUAGACCACUUACGCGGCGGGCUCAUAUGUAUAAAGACCGAAUAUUUAUUGAUCAAAAGAACUUCGUCGCAUUCUCGAAGUGACGUUGUUGAUUUGACCUAUUAAUAUUAUUGUUGAGUUGACGAGUAAGAAAACGUACUUCAAAAUUCAUACGAAGACUGCACAUACACGCACACGAGACGUUCUACUAAUAUAAUAAUAAUAAUAUUAUUAUUCAUAGGAAUUAUAUUAAUAUUAAGCUAGCCAUUUAUGAAUGUAUCCGUAUAUAAGUAAUUACAAUAUUAAUCGCAUUGUAUAUCAAAUGUUUGUCAAAAUAAGAUAUUUGGUGAUUUAAACUGAAAAAUAAUGAAUCAUCAUCUAUGUUUUAAGCAGGAUCAAUUUUUUUACGAUCGAUCGGCAACGACAAACAUAGACAUACAUGUAAUGUGUACGUCACGGGUUGCCGACAAAAAUGAAAGA